CUCCCAAGAUGGAAUUGGCUGAAAGUCACUGAUUUCUGUGAUAGCAAGCUCUGUUCUACACUGUGUUCCUGUGGACUAAUAAACCUUGUUUUAUCGGCUGGCUGAGAGUCACGUCUGACUGCGGAGUUGGGGUACAGGGCCCUCUGGCUUCCCCAGGAGCCCCACCUGGGCAGACUCACUGCGGGAAGCACAGUAUGCCUUGUGAGGUAUCAUUUUGAAAGUCUUGAUCUGGCAAACACUAAUAUGUUGUUGGCUUAUCUGUGCUCUCAUGGUAUGCGAAGUUAUGAGAUAUUCUAUAUUGUUGUUACUGAAAUAUGUUGUAAGUUUGAGAAGCUCUACUGCUAUCUCUUCCUUAUGCCACUAAUUCUCUCUCUUCCUUAUGUCAACUAGACCUCUCCCACUUCUACCUCCCAGCUCCUCCUCCUGGCCCUGAUCUUCACUGUUCAGAGAUUAGUGAACUGACUCGUUCUCUCUCUCUUGUGUGAUCAGAGCUCACAAGUUCUGAGGUUCCUACUGCUUGGGUGACCCCAGCAUUCAUCAUCUCCCCCAGACUUGAGCAAGGCAUUUUGAAAAUCUUGAUCUGGCAAACACUAAUAUCCUGUUGGCUUGUCUGUGCUCUCGUGGUAUGUGAAGUAAUGAGAUUUUGCUGUAUGGUUGGUACUGAAAUAUGGUGUAAGUUUGAGAAUCUCUACUGCCAGGUGGGUGUUAACCAACCAGUAAUCAACUCUAUGGCUCAGUUGCAUGAGUUCGCACAAUGGGAGUUUACUCGAUCAUUGUGACUCAGCAAAGUCCACCAGGCAUGGGAUCACUGUGACUCAGCAAAGCUCAUUGGGACAGGUCUGGGCAGAUGUCUUCUAGUCACAUGGACUGAGGGUAUAAAAUGAGGGACAGCGGCGUCAUGUCUUGGCCUUUCUCUUCCCCCACUUAUGCUGGUAGCAACAGGAACGCUGAGAAGAUGACAACUUCACCUGAGGAGACUGAUCUAGGUUUAAGAGGGAAGCCUGUGUAUUGUGAACUGUAACAUCCAGUGGGCUGAGAAAAUUGCUUGAUCUAAAUGCUGCCUGCCUAGUGUAAUAAGGAUUGUGUAUUUUCUUUGGCUGCCGAAUAAUGUGUACCCUCCCGGGGGAUGGGAAAGGGAAAUGGCUGCAGAGAAGCUGGUGCAGCAGGAUUUCCAAUUCUAAAACUCAACAUGAUCUCCCAGAUGGAACAGGGUGAAGAGCUGUGGACCCCAGAUCACCAGGGCUCUGAGGAAAGGCAGAUCCUGAGAAACAUCCGCACAGCAGGUGAUGGGACGGUGAGUGAGAACAAGGACGAGAAUCCACAGCUGGAAAGUCCUGAGCAAGUGGAACUGCGUGGGACUGUAUCGGGAAGAUCUGAAGAGAACAUUUCCCAGAAUCCUGAGCAGGAAGAUGCCCGGGAGAGUCAGCACAGGCCAGAGAUACAGCAAGGAAACCACCCAGGGAAGAGACAGGUUAUAUCCACUUACCGAGGGGGAGGUUUCAAAAAUCAUAAUGAAACUGUGAUCCAGCCAACAUUAUGCACUAAAGAAAAGCCGCAGAAAUGUGUAAAGUGCGGGAAAGGCUUCAAGCGGAGAUCAACCCUUAUUGUACAUCAAAGUGUCCACACAGAAGAGAGACCCUAUAACUGCCCCGAGUGUGGGAAAAGCUACAAGAGCAUUGUGCAAGUUGGUUGAUGACAGUGCGACCAAUUGGGAUGAAUUUCUUGGUGACAUUGUAUUUUCUUUGAGAAAAAAACCAAACACGACAACCAAAUUGUCACCGUAUCGACUACUGGAUUGGCUUUGAGGCAAGAUUUCCAGACCAGGUCUCAGACAACUACACUCCAACAGAUUUCGAGGAACUCGAUGAAGAAUACUAUAAAGAGUACAUCAUGAAAAUUGAAGCUAGACGUGAUGCUGAAACUAUUAGUAAUAUUUCAAAAGCACAAGAAAAGCAAUAAAUACAGUAUGCCAAAACUAAGACUCGUAAACAUGGGGAAAUAACAUUCAAGGUUGGUGACACUGUCACGCUACUGAAUGCAAGAAGGAAAACAAGAAAGGGAGGGCAGCUACAACCUACCUACGUGGGACCAUACAAAAUUGCCGCUGUAGAGGGCAAAAGAGUUAAAUUAGAGAACAAGUUAGGGAAAAAAGAAAAGGAGUACUUGUGGCACCUUAGAGACUAACAAAUUUAUUUGAGCAUAAGCUUUCGUCAGCUACAGCUCACUUCAUUGGAUGCAUAAAGUGGAAAAUACAGUGGGGAGAUUUAUAUACACAGAGAACAUGAAACAAUGGGUGUUAUCAUACACACUGUAAGGAGAGUGAUCACUUAAGAUGAGCUAAUACCAGCAGGAGAGUGGGGGCGGGGGAAGAAAACCUUUUGUAGUGUUAAGGAAAAGUUAGCACAUGUGACUCCAUUUUGGUUUGGGGCCCACCAUUGUUUAAAUGCCAGCACAUCAUACACCAGGAGGAGUAAUUCUUAGAUACUGAAUCCCUGUGAAAAUCCUCCUCCUUGUCUCCAGCCUGCCUUGACUCCCAGUAUCUGGUUUUUGUCAGUCUCUAACUCCCUGUCUCUUGGCCUUGAUGUGAGGCCUCCCAUCCUGAUAAUAAAAGUUACUGAUGCAUGGCUUUAGGACCAUGCUGUGUAAUUAACAUACUGGUAUAGCACGAGGAAUGCACCAAGCAGGGAUAGGUGGUAGAUAAGACAAGGGUUUGUUUAUUGGCUAAGGUUUCCGAUGCACGAGGGCAACAUGCUUUGCUAAAAGGUAUAUAACCUUUGUAUAAUCUGCAUUCAAGGUCCCCUCCUGGCUAGCAGGGGGGCACCACGCUCGAG